AUGCCCGCCACGUCUGAACAUGUCCCAGCCGCGCGCAAUGCCGCUGCCCUUGCAGCAUUACGCCGGCGGGGACAACCGGCACCCACGCCUACCUCCUCGUCUGUGACAGGCGCGCCCGGCGAUCCGGUUGCUACACCGAGCCCGACAACGACAUCUGUACAGGGUUCUCCCGCUCCGAGCGAAGGCGAGGGAGGGCGAUCGUCGUCGUCUCAGCCAGGCGCCAACGAUGUGACGCGACCUCAGAUCCCAUCCCUGAUCCCACUCUGCGACAUGGCGCACGCGGGACCUUCCAUGCGACCACCCGCGUACGUGCAGCCGUACCCCUCUUUCCAAGCGCAUUACACGCCGUAUUUCCGUAAUCCGGCCCAGCAGACCCGCCCGCCACAGGGGUCAUCACAGCAGCAGCCGGGAAGCUCCAGGGUGGCAUCGCAAUCUGGCCAAUCUCAGCCUAGCGCGCCCCGCUAUCCACGUACAGCUGCAUCCGCGUCUGCCACCCGCACGCAACUCGCACAGCUGCCGCCCACGUUGACAGACGAGCAGCUCGCGCGUCUGGACCGCUUGACUCGCGACGCGAUCGACGAGCGCUUGCGCGUUCUAGAGGGCGUUUCGGGUGCAGUACAUCGGUGUAUUGAAGAGCUGACUCGGCUCCGUAGCGUCCUGCCAGCAUCUGCCACUUUGGGAUCGAUGCAGGGGCAGGGCCAGGAACGUGUAGCACCUGGUGCCGCAGCGGCCACGCCGUCUCUGCCUGUCGCAGAUCCAGCCUUAACAGCGGGCUCGCUCGCGUCAGCGCUCGUUUCCGGCUCAGGCGAGUCCGCAGAUCGCGGUGAUGCACUUGCAGGGGCGGAGAUUACUUCACGUUCUAUUGUUCAGUCUGAACAAGAAGUGUCCGAAGGCACUGUGGAGCAGUAAUGUUUCACGAGUUGGGGUCUUGUACUAUUAUAAGAAGGUCAUUAUGUGUACGUUGUG